AUGGCCUACUACGGAAAAUGCAUUGAAACUGUGAUUGGGCAACUGGACAAAUUUAAGGCUAAGAAGGGCAGUGCUGAGCAGUUCCUGGAGGCCGCGUCCACCGCCCUGCAGACCCUGAGCCCCCAGAAGCAGGCGUUCAUUCUGGAGGUGCUGUCUGGGUGCCUCGAGUACCAGAAGCUGCUGGCCGUGGUGGUGGACGCCUUCUACGUGCGGGCCGGCUGUCUCUGCCCACGGGCCGACUACAGCCUCUUUGAGGUGAUCUGCUACCUGGCCACGUUCCAGCUGGAGGAACUCGGCUUUCAGCUCUUCUGUGACAUCGUCAGGUCCCAGCCCGUGGACAAGAUGCGCAAGUUCCUGGGGUUCUUCUUCAACCCCUUAAACCUGUGCUCAUGGAUCACAGAUGAGUGGAGCCUCAUCUACGAGACAGCCUAUGUGCGAGAGAACUGGAUCGGCCCCCUGAUGAGAUGGCAGCCGGAAGUCCAGAAGCUGAUCAACCAGCUAGAGGAAGUGCUGGCCAAUCGGUCCGUUGUUUCCAAGACCAAGGCCAAGGUCACAGAGCCCAAGGAGUUCAACCUGACUGUCCCCAGACCCCGCUCCAUUCCAGUGCCUGAGCCAGUCCCCGUCGUGGCCAAAGCCAAACCAGUCCCCAGGAGCACCUACCAGCCGCCCAAGGAGCAGCAGCUGCUGGAGACGACCAAGAGACACAAUCGCUGGAAGGCAGAGGAGCUGCUGCUCAGGGCGAACAUGGAGGAGAUGCGGUGCGCGGUGCCCAGGUCCCGCGGGGAGCCCCCGACGCAGGUCUCCCAGAAGACUCUGCAGCCCCGACUCCUGCCCCGAAUCCUUGAGACUCCAAAGCUGACCUUCUACAAGACCAACAACGUCCCUGUGAAGCUCAACACAGCUGCCAUCCUGCGGGAAGGAUCUCUAUACCAGCGGCAGGUGGAGAAAGAGCUGGAGAGGGUGGAUAAGCUUGUGGACGGGGCCGGGGACUUCUCCGAGUUCCUCGAGUGGCAGAGGAAGGUGCAGGUGGAGGGCCGGGAGGAGCAGCUGGCCGCGAGCGAGUGCCACAGGCUGCAGGGGAAACUCAGCCACGAGGAGGCCAUCCUGGCCCGGCAGCGCCUGGUGCAAGGGAACAAGGAGAAGGCCGACCAGAAGAAGGAGGAGACGGCGGAGCUGAUGCAGCAGUGUGCUGAGAGGCGCCUCCAGGAGGAAAGGUCCAUGAAGGAGCUUGUGCGGCGGGUGGCGGAGGUGCAGAAGAACGUGAAGGUGGCACAGACGAAGCUCCUGAGGGGCCGGCAGCAGAUAGUCCAGGAGGUGAUAGAGGAGAGCCGGGAGCUGCUGCAGCGCAGCGCAGAGGCCGCGGGGGAGGAGCAGAAGCGGCGCCGUGAGCUUAUCUCUCAGCUGCGCGCCCUGGAGACACAGCCGGUGCGCCAGGGCAAGCUCGUGGACCUGACCCAGAUCCCUGGGUAUGGCCUGGAAGGGGAGAUGUCUGUGGUGGAGCUUCGCGAGCGGCUGGCCCUGCUCAAGGAGACCCGGAGGCGUGAGGAGGAAGAGAAGCGAGACCAGAUCAUCCAGGGCAAGCGCGCCAGAAGCCAGGAACUGCAGAACGUGGUGGAACAGAUCUCGCUGUGCCGCGCGGCCAUGGGGAGGUCUGCAGCCUUGAGAACCCUGCCCAGCCCCAAUGUAAGCAUGUCCAGGGUGGCCUGCUGGGAUGAGACACUAUAUGAGGACAGCCAAUUGUCCCAGCGGAAGCCCUCCCCACCCGUCCUGCAAACCAGCAGAACCCGACAUACCACGGGAGUACGAGGAGCGGCGGCCAAUGGGGACGCCCCGGGGGUGGAGCCGAGGCCUCCGGAGCGGAAGUGGAUCGCUGCUGAGGCGGCGGCGUCUUGCUGGAGGGUUUCUCCUCCGUGGUUUCCGGAGGUGCUUCUUCGCUGGACUGCGUCGGCGUUGGCUGCUGCCGGGCCAGACCGGCUCCAGAGGCCUCGGCGCGGCGGCCCUCCGGAGCGCAGCCAACCCCCCUCGGGCCGGACGCCCGGCCGGGCCUCCCCCGAGCCCGCGAGCCCGCCCAGCUGUCCGCGUGGCUGCGUGAGCCCGGCGCGGCGCAGGCGACGGACGUACGAACGCCUCGCUGAGGGCCUCCGCCGCCCCGGCGGGCUGCGGUCCCAGCGUUUAGUUGUAGCGCAGCUGGAGAAACCGAGGCUGGGGUGGGGGGCGGACGCGCCCAAGGUCACUCGGGGAGGCGGACAGGGCGGCAAGGGCCGUUCAGGGGAGGCCCCGGCCAGCUUUUUGUUCCCCGCUGACGCCGCCUCCUUUGUGUGCUCGCGCCGCCGCCCCGCCAUCGUGGGCCUGCCAGUCCUCCCGGGCCGCGUGGCGCAGCCUGCUCGGCCUCGUGGGGCUGGGGGCGGCGGGGGCUGGUCUUGGGAGCGCCCACCUGGGGCUGAGCUCCGUGGGUCCUCAGCUUCCGGUCGCUCGGGACCGCUCGUGUGCUGA